AAGCUCACUUCCGAUCCCUUCAUAUCCCUCCCCCAUCUAUUUGUUAGCUCUCCUCCCAACUCCAGCCAAAGAGGACUGCCAUCUCACCCACCCACCCAUCCACUUAGAAAAGCAUCUUGUAAAACAGGCCAGAAGGAGGCCAUGGUCACAGACUAGAAUGCCUGAGCAUUUCUUUUCAAGUGCUCAACUAUUGUAAUACUUGCACCCAGAAGGUCUCCACCCCAAACGGAUCCCAUCUUUGUCUCAAGAAAGAAAGUGGGCAGAAAACAAAGGAAUUCUCUCAAGUUGUUUGGGAAGCAGGGCUGCAGAAGAGCCAAGAUGGCAGAGCAAGACUCAUCUGAUCCUGAGGCAGAGAAAGAUCCCAAUCACAGCUGGAUAAGAAGAAGUGAGGAUCCCUGUAAAAAAGAAGGAUGGAUUCUCCUGGGUGAGGACAACCUGAGUUCGGAUAUACAGCGCCAGCGCUUCAGGGAAGUUUGUUACCAGGAUGCCGAAGGGCCUCGAGAAGUUUGCAGGCAACUCUGUGAUCUUUGCUGUGAGUGGCUGAAGCCAGAGAAGCACACCAAAGCCCAGAUAUUGGACCUGGUGAUCCUGGAGCAGUUCCUGGCUGUCCUUCCUCCGGAAAUAGAGCACUGGGUACGGGAAUAUGGGGCAAAGACCAGUUCCCAGGCGGUGGCUUUGGCUGAAGGAUUCCUCCUGGAUCAGGCAGCGAACCAGAAGGAAGCUUCACAGGAGCCAUCAAGAGUGGUCAUGGAUUUCUCAGCUGUGGAGAAGUUCCCCAAAGAUGCUAAAAAGAAGCAGCUAUCAAGGAGGACUGAGCAGAAGAGUAAUGGAAGUUCUCCCUCAGUGGGAAACAGAAGGACAGCCCAAGACAGUGCUGCAAUCCCAUCUAGGUCACUUUCACUUUGUAGAGAUAUUGAUGCACUUCCUGUGAAACAAGAGCAGAACCUAGAGACCUUUGAGGAGAUGGCUGUGAAUUCCACAACAUUUCACCAAGGUGGAGUGCGUGCUGUGAGAGCAAGGGCAUGGGGACCCAGAGAAAGAAAUCACAGUGGUGAACAGUGGAACUGUGGAAACCUGUCCUCUCCAGGUGUUGAGACAGAAAAUCAUAAAGAGGUUGAGCAGAUAAAAAUUAAAACUGAAGAAGAGGAGGAUAUUCCUGUGAACAGCCUUGACUUCCAUGAAACUCCAAUUCCAGAAGAAUAUUGUGAAGGAAACAACAAGAAUAUGCACAAUGGUGAAAAAUUGUUUAUAUGUUCUGAUUGUGGAAAGACCUUCACUCAGCAUGUAUACCUUACUAAACAUCAAAGAAUUCACCUUGGGGAGAAAACGUGUACAUUUGUGGAGUGCGGAAACGAGUUUACUCAUAGCUCAGACCUCUCCUUGCAUCCAGGAUUUGAUGCAGCCAGAAAGCCCUUUGGAUGCUCAGACUGUGGAAUGAAUUUCAGUGAUGACAGAAGUCUUAAAAGACACCAGAGGGUCCACACAGGGGAGAAACCCUAUAAAUGCCCGGAAUGUGGGAAAGGUUUCAGCCGCAGCCCAGAACUCAAAGCGCAUCAGAGAGUCCAUACGGGAGAGAGGCCCUAUAAAUGUCCUGUGUGCGGAAAGACAUUCAGUCAGAGCUCAAAUCUUAGCAAACAUCAAAGAAUUCACACAGGAGAGAAGCCCUACACGUGUCCUGAAUGCGGAAAGAGUUUCAACCACAGCACACACCUCAAAAGACAUCAACGAGUUCACACAGGGGAGAAACCAUAUAGCUGCUCGGAUUGCGGCAAGAGCUUCACUCAAAACAUAAUCCUCAAACUACAUCAAAAAAUCCACCUGGAGGACAAUCCCAAUAAAUGCCCUGAGUGUGGGAAGAGCUUCAGCAGUAAUGGAAACCUUAAAACACACCUGAAAAUUCAUAGAGGGGAGAAACCCUUCAAAUGCUUGGAGUGCGGGAAGUGUUUCAGUCAAAGCAUCAUCCUGAAAUCCCACCAAAGAAUUCACACAGGCGAGAAGCCCUAUAAAUGCUCAGAAUGCGACAAGAGUUUCGGCGAGAGCAGAAGCCUGAAAAUGCAUCGAAGAAGUCACAUGCAGGAGAAACCGUAUAAAUGCUCGGUGUGCGGAAAGAGUUUCAGCGUGCGGAAAAGCCUCAACGUGCAUCAACGAACUCAUACCGAGGAGAAGCCUUAUGAAUGUUCUGAGUGUGGAAAGGGCUUUAGUGAUAGCAGAAUCCUUAAAGUCCAUGAAAGGAUUCAUACAGGGGAGAAGCCCUAUGAAUGCUCAGAAUGUGGAAAGAGCUUCAAUCAGAGCCCCCAUCUGAAAAGACACCAGCGGACCCACACCGAAGAGAAGCCAUAUAAAUGCUCUGAGUGUGGGAAAAGCUUCAACCAGAGCACACACCUCAACGCACACCAACAAAUUCACACCCGUGAGACAGUAUACGAGAGUUCUGAGUGAGGAAGAAGUUUCCAUCUUAAUUCACAUCAAAGAAUUCACAAGGAGGAUGGAGCUUGUAACAGUUCUCAAUGACUGGAAUGUGGAUUGUUUAAUGUACAGUAGAGUCUCGCUUAUCCAACCUUCACUCAUCCAACGUUCUGUAUUAUCCAACGCAGUUUGCCUCCCACCCGGAUCCACAGCUGUUUCAAUAGAUUGUGAUGUUUUGGUGCUAAAUUCGUAAAUACAGCAAUUACUCUUUAUUUAUGAAGCCCCUGGUGGCCCACUGAGCUGCUAAUCUUGUUGACCAAAAGAUUGCAGGUUUGAAUCCAGGGAGCGGCGUGAGCUUCUCUGUCAGCCCCAGCUUCUGCCAACC